AUGGCGGAGGGCGGCCCCCCCGGCGGCGGGGACCCGCCCGCCGCCUCAGGUCGUAACCUGAAGGAGUGGCUGCGGGAGCAGUUUUGCGACCACCCCAUCGAGCACUGCGAGGACACCCGGCUGCACGACGCGGCCUACGUGGGGGACCUGCCCACCCUCAAGAGCUUGCUGCAGGAGGAGAGCUUCCAAAGCCGGAUCAAUGAGAAGUCGGUGUGGUGCUGCGGCUGGCUGCCCUGCACGCCGCUGCGCAUCGCCGCCACCGCCGGCCAUGGCCCCUGCGUUGACUUCCUCCUCCGCAAAGGAGCCGAGAUCGACUUGGUGGAUGUGAAGGGGCAGACCGCCCUCUACGUGGCCGUGGUCAAUGGGCACCUCGAGUGUGCCAAGAUCCUCCUGGAAGCUGGGGCUGACCCCAACGGCAGUCGGCACCACCGCAGCACCCCUGUCUACCACGCGGCACGUGUGGGCCGGGCAGACAUCCUCCGGGAGCUGAUCAGGUAUGGCGCAGACGUGGACGUGAAUCACCAUCUCACUUCCCGGGUCCCCAGCCUUUCCCUGCGGCCCCUCACCACGCUGGUGGUCUGCCCACUGUACAUCAGCGCUGCCUACCACAACCUCCAGUGCUUCCAGCUGCUGCUCCAGGCAGGAGCCAACCCGGAUUUUAACUGCUGCGGGCCCAUCAACAUCCAAGGCUUCUCCCGGGGCUCCCCGGUGUGUGUGAUGGACGCUGUCCUGCGGCAUGGCUGUGAAGCGGCAUUCGUCCACCUCUUGAUUGACUUUGGAGCCAAUCUGAACCUGGUGAAAGUGGAGGCCUUGGGAGCUGAGUCCACGGGGAGGGUCAAAGUCAACCCUGAGGCUCUGCAGGUGUUCAAAGAAGCCAGGGGCCGCACCCGGAGCCUCUUGUCUCUCUGCCGCAUAGCUGUACGAAGAAUACUUGGCAAAUCUCGUCUGGAUCUGAUCCAUAUCCUUCCAAUCCCAGACCCCAUUAAACAAUUUUUACUUCACGAACACAGUUAAAGGGCAACUGGCUGCUUUCCGGGACAGUUUGAUUUGGUAAAUGAGUGCGCUGAUAAAGCCAGGUGCCAGUCGUAACCCUUCCCCCACAGUGAAAUACUGUAUUGCUCAUGGAGUGCACAUAAUUCCCUGCCCCUGUGAUUUUCCCCUCCAGAUUUAGGGUGCAGUGAUUUUGUGUGUCUGUUCUUAAGCUACUGGUUAUCUAACUGGUGAGCUCUUGUUUGCAACUGGUUGGGCAAUGAGGCCGAUAAGCGUGUGUGGCUGUUAAAUGAGCAAAUACAAUAUAUCUUAUAGCUGUUA